AUGUCGACUGCUGGCCAUGAGAUGAACACUGACCCGGCACGGGCUGCGCAGAGCAACCUGGGCUGGAUCCUCGGUGUCAAUGUGGCGUUCCAUGCCAUUGUCAUUGUGUUCGUUGCGCUGCGCGUGUACACAAGGGUGUUUGGGGUCAAGACAUUUGGAAAAGAUGACUUUCUAAUCCUCAUCGCCAUUGCUUGCGCCCUGGGAGGCGGCAUGGUCACGUACAUUAUAGCCGCACAGUAUGGCCUCGGUCGACACAGAGACACCAUCCCGAAGGAGGACUACAAGAUGUACCUAAAGAUGACUUUUAUCCAAGCGCUCGUCUCGACAAUCGGCAGCCUCCUCUUUCUGAAGCUGUCGAUUGGGUUCUCCUUGAUCAGGUUGAGUCAACAGAAGGUGUACACCCGCGUCAUCUGGGGGUUUAUUGUUUUCGUCGUCCUCUACAGUCUGGUCUCGUGGAUCGAGUGGUUUCUCGUCUGCAAGCCGCUCGCAGGGUUCUGGGACAAGGACCUCAAUCCUGUGUGCCUGCCCGUCAAGACACACAAGGCGUUUGCCUUGCUGAAUACGUCCUGCAACAUCUUCACCGACAUUGCGUUCGCUACGCUUCCGGUGCCGAUCAUCUGGGUUCUCCAGAUGGCGAAGAAGACGAGACUCUAUCUUAUCGGCGUGCGCUUAGCCUCGGUUAUUUGCAAGGCUGUCAUGGUGGGCAUCCUGAAGACGGUCUGCCAGAACGUGUUCCGCGGACAGUAUGAUCAAUCAUUCUACAAUUGGAUCCAGUUCUGGGGCUUCCUCCAGAUCAACAUUGGCAUCAUCGCUGCCAGGUACGGCAACGGCUACGGGGGCUCGAAGAACACGGGUCCCCGGAGCCAGCGGAACAACAGGAGCAACGGCUGGGUCAAGGUGGACAGCGGCCCCGACGAGUACGAGAUGGACGACGGACGCUUCGGGGUACACGGGGGCGGGUAUGGCGAUCAGAUCCGGACAGACAUUGGUGUCGCGCGCGUGGGCAGCCGAUCCGGCAGCGAGGAGAUGAUCAUCCAGGGUGUGAAGGGCGAGGAGCAGAAGGGGAUUGUGCGCACGACGGUGGUGACCCUGACUUGA